CUGACCACCAGCAUGUCAGUGUUCAAGAUAUUGCCUACCGCCCAACAAUACGACUGGGGCAAGAUCGGCUCUAGUUCCAAGGUUGCUCAGUUCGCGACACGCAUACCUGGCUUCAAAUUAGACGAAUCUGCCCCAUAUGCAGAGCUUUGGAUGGGCACUCAUCCCAAAUCGCCAUCGCUCGUAGCCAACGGGAAUACUGCCCUCUCUGACCAUCUUGCCGCAAACCCCGGUCUCAUCGGAAACUCUGUUGCAACGCGAUUCGACGCGACUGGUGGCAAUCUACCGUUCUUGUUCAAAGUUCUGGCCAUCGAGAAGGCACUCAGCAUACAAACCCAUCCUGACAAGAAGACCGCCGAAGUGCUGUUUGUUCAGCAACCCGACAUCUACAAAGACGACAACCAUAAACCAGAGAUGGCUCUCGCGCUCACUCCGUUUGCCGCCUUGUGUGGAUUCAUGCCACUUCCGCGAAUUGCAGCAUAUUUUCGAGUAACGCCUGAGUUAGUAUCCCUAGUUCCACCAUCGAUUGUCGCAGAGUUUCUGGCCCUGGCAGACUCCUCAACACCUCACGGCCCCGAGGAAAAAGUGGCGUUGAGAAAUGUCUUCUCUGCUGUUAUGACCGCAGAACCAACUCUGGUCAAAUCGCAACUCGAUUUGCUUGUUGCUCGAUACCAGUCCCGCCCUGAAGACGUUUCUUCCGACACUGUCGAUCUGGUUUUGCGUCUCAAUUCUCAGUUUCCGGGAGAUAUUGGCAUUUUCUGUGCUUUCCUGCUGAAUUACGUCCACCUCAAUGCUGGCGAAGCGAUCUUCCUUGGUGCAGGCGAGCCGCAUGCCUAUGUCUACGGAGAUAUAAUGGAAUGCAUGGCUAAUUCGGACAACGUCAUUCGCGCUGGACUUACACCGAAACUGCGAGAUAUUCCUAAUCUGGUUGCUGGACUCACAUAUGAAGCUGCCGAUCCUGCUCGCCACGUCGUUAAACCGACUUCCUUUCAUGGAACCACUGCCAGUACACUCUACGAUCCACCCAUUCCUGAAUUCUCUGUGGUGCAAGUCUCGUUGGCUGGUUCCCAAGAGACUCACCCACCACUCGCUGGUCCGAGUAUCGCAAUCGUUACUGAAGGCAACUGCACAAUCCAGUGGAAGGAGGGCCAAGUUGAGCUGAAACAGGGCGAGGUGGCUUUUAUCGGCGCCAAUGCAGAGGUCUCUUUCGCUAGCAAGGACAGGUUGACGCUAUACCGCGCAUUCGUAGAAUAA